GCUCUUCUGGGCAUCUUCUUGGCUCCCUGCAGCACCUGCACAGUCACCUUAUUCAGGAUCGGUGGCCUUGAGAUCUCAUCUCAGUUCUCAUCUCAUUUGAGGGGAAAAGCCCUGCUGGCUCUAGAGGCCCCAGACUGUGUGACCCCGUGUAAGCAAAGCCACUCUCGGGGACCCAUGUGCAUCAUCUUCUUUAAGUUCGAUCCUCACCCCGUUUCCAAAAAUGCAUACAGGCUCAUCCUGGCAGCCAACAGGGAUGAGUUCUACCACAGACCGUCCAAGACAGCAGACUUCUGGGGGGGCAACAACGAGGUCCUCAGUGGGCUCGAUAUGGAGGAAGGCAAGGAAGGAGGCACGUGGCUGGGCAUCAGCACGCGGGGGAAGCUGGCGGCACUCACCAACUACCUGCAGCCCCAUCAGGACCCAGCCGCCAGGGGCCGAGGUGAACUGGUGGCCCACUUUCUCACCACGGACAUGGACAGUUUCUCCUACCUGAAGAAGGUGUCCACAGAGGGUCACCUGUACAACGGUUUCAACCUCUUAGCAGCUGACCUGAGCACAGAGAAGGGGGAUGUCAUCUGCUACUAUGGAAACCAGGGGGAGCCCACACCCAUUGUCCUGGCACCAGGGACCUACGGGCUGAGCAAUGCACUGUUGGAGACGCCUUGGAAGAAGCUGUGCUUUGGGAAGCAGCUGUUUCUGGAGGUUGUGGAGCAGAGCCAGGCCCUUCCUAAGGAUGUCCUCAUUGCCCAGCUUCUGGACGUGCUCAACAAUGAGGAGGCGCAGUUGCCGGACCCAGCCAUCGAGGACCAGGGCAGGGAGUAUGUGCGGCCCAUUCUGAGCAAGUACGCGGCUGUGUGCGUGCGUUGCCCAGGCUAUGGCACCAGAACCAACACUAUCAUCCUCGUGGACGCGGAUGGGCACGUGACCUUCACAGAACGCAGCAUGCUAGACAAGGACCCUUCCCGCUGGGAGACCAAUACCCACGAGUUUAGGCUGCAGAGCUAAGUCCCACCCCUGGGUGUGGCCAGACAGCUCCUCUAAGGCCCAGGGCUGGAUGGGAACCUUCCACAGCACAUGCACUGCCUGGUCACGACUCCGCCAGUGUCCCUCAGGACCAGGGCCCUCUGAUUUGUGUGUGAUCUGUCCGUGUCACUGUAUCCAGCUAGAGGUCCAUCCUUAUGCCAGUCGGAGUGAUACAAUCCCACAGCCAGGUCAGGGGGAGGUCCAGGUCUGUUGUGCAUGUGUGAACACGCCUGGCCUUGCCUCUGCCUAUGCAUAGAGAUGCAUUGUAAGGCACACACUUACAUAUAUGCCUAUACAUGCAUAGGCACCCCUGUACAUCCCUUGGGGGCACAUGCACAGGCACAGGCAAUAGAUAUGUGCAUACAUCCUGGAGCACACACAUGCACUUGUGCCAGACAGGGAGAGCUGUGCCUCUCAUGCCCACACGUGCUUUUGGCCAGUGGGGCUUUGCUUUGAUCAAAACAACAGGAGUUUAAAAGUGUCCCCUUCUCUCCUGGGCACAGGCCAUUCCUGACAACCAGACCUGCUCUUGGAGGAGAGAUAGGCCACAUAUGGAAUGAGGAAUGAGGAAAAUGCAAGAAAAACCUACUCUCAAUGAAGUUCAGGUCUGGUUGGUGGGCCCAGUGGUCCUGCGUGCACUCGGGGUCCCAUGUGUAUGGGCCUGCCCUGUGACUGGGAGUCCUUCGUGUGCUGGGUGCCUCAGCAGCCUGUCAGGCUCUGCCUGCCCACUUGUGGGUUCUGGGCAGGCCCAUCUCAGUGAGGGGACACAGCCAGCCCUUGCCUUUCCCUUCUCCUCAGGGAGGCAAACUUCAUAGGAACCUGUACUCGAAUGUGAGAUGUCGAUAAUAAAACUCUAAGGCUGUGGUGAGUGCA